GUGGGAGGGGAAGCGAGGGGAAGGGGUCUGCUGUCUGAUCCUUUGUCGUGGGAAGACUUUAGUCUCUCGUUUCAGGAGAGAGGACUUCAGCUUCAGCAGCAACAGCCGCGGAAACACAUGAGGCCCAACUAUGUGAGGGGGACAGAAAGCAAAGGGAACAAAGCACGUAGGGUCCGGCUGAAUCCUUCCUCCUCGGCCUGAAUCAGAGAAAGGAGGUCAGUGUGAUGAACAGCAUGCUGCCUCAGAGGAGUGCUGUCGCCACUCUGGGCUACAGCUCAGACUGUGUGAAGAUGGAGCACAGCGGCAGUGGCUCGGUGGGUGGGACGCUGCUGAGGGGCUCUCGCUCUAAAGCAGAGCUGCAGGAUCUGAUGGAGACGCUGCAGCGCAGGAAGAGUGCUCUGGAGGCCAGCCUGAGGGCAGCCGAGUGCAGCCGCAAGUACCUCAGCGUGCCUUCACCUGUUGGAUCCCAGUCCACCCGGCCGCUGUCAAUCCUCAGCAACACCGACCGGCCGCCCUCUGCCUCCAGGACUUUUUCCUACAUGACCAGCAGCAGCGUGCCUCCAUCGCCUCGCCAAGGUGAGCGCCAGCUAUGCUCCAACGGCUUGCUCCGACAUUCCCACUCCCGCCACCAGUCUCAAGACAGCCUGCUGCUCUCUAACGCAGCCGAUGGAAACUCUCUGCUCUCCUCCUAUGGGCAGCCCCCACCUCGAUCUCCCAGGGUCAAAAGUGGAGCAGCCAGCGUGCCAUCCAGCCCUCGCAUGGGUCGCAGGAUCUACUCUCAGGGCAAAGCUGGAGGAGACUCCCGGCAGAGGAAAUACUCCACCGGCUCCCUAACCAGCCUGGGCACGCACAGUCGGUCUCUGCCACGGCUACACAACGCAGCUGACCCCCCUGCGCUGUCCCUGCCAACACGACACUCAUCGGGUUCCCACAGAGGUUCAGCGGGACAGCGGCGCAGUCUCUCCUCCCUGGAGCAGCCGCCAGAUGUGACAGUACCAGCCAGCAUGCCCAGCACUCCCAGGAGAGCCAGCCUGGCGUCCUUGAGCUCUUUGGGUGUAGAUUUGGACGGGACAGGUUUAGAUCUGGAGUUUGGAGAGAGGAGGUUGUCUUUUGGGAAGGGGGGACUGAGUCCUGGACAAAGGGUGGGCAGCAUCAGCUCUUUGAAUGGCAAAGAGGAGCUGAGAGACUAUCACCUGCACCAGAGGGACGAACGACUCAGGGAGCAGAAAGUCCAGAGAUUGGAGUGCCAGCGUCUAGAGACCAUCUUGAACCUGUGCACCGGGUUUGGCCAUGUGGAGAGAGAGCCGGCGGGAUCAGCUGUUUCUGACCUGCAGAAGAUCAAUAAGGAGUUGGAGAAGCUGCAGGUGUCAGACGAUGAGUCAGUGUUUUCCGACUCUCCCAGCAGCCCUGCUGCAGAGAGCGGCUUUGGAGCCAAAGCCAGAGACUUCCAACUGGUUGAGGAGCAGCAGGUCAGCCAGCGUCAGCAGAGGGUCUACAGAGACGCCCGGUCCCACUCGCCUGCUGUCAGCCUGAACAGCAGCGCCCCCUCACCCUCCACCCACCACAGAGCCAAGCCUCCUCUACAGCCAAGUCUUUAUGCGUUCCUGAUGUCACUGCAGGCCCUGGAGAGCGUGCAGCUGAAGCAGGAAGUAUCGCAAAUAGAGGAAGAGAGGAUCCAAGUUCUGAACAACAUAGAGGAGCUGGAGCAGAAGAUCAAAGACCUGGAGAACCAGAUGGAGGAGUCUGUCCGAGAGAUGGAGGUGGAGUGUGCUCUGCUGGAGGGGGAACAGGAGUCUGAGAUGGCCCAGCUGCAGAGGGAUAAAGAGGUCCUGGACCAUCUUCUUAAGAAAAAGAUUUCUUGUACUGAGAACUCUAACCACACUGACAAAGCACAGGGUUGUGCAGAGCAGAUUAAAAGUUUGGAGGAUUUGGAGUUUCAGAAGCUGGAGAGAGAAAUAAAUCAGGACGAGGAAAAAGAAAGUCACAGCCAGGAGCUGCUGCGUGAGAUCGCCGAGCAUCAGCGUCUAACUGUAACACGCAAGGAAAGAAUCAUGACGCUGAAGAAACAGUCCUCACAGAUCACCUUGCAGGCUCAGCAAGAAAGAGAGAAUUUCCAGAGAGAGAAAAACAAUUUGAUCAUCAUGCUUCAAAAGGAGAGAGAGAAACUGGCCUCGUUGGAAGGAAAGUAUGCAGAGCUGUCGGAGGGUCAGGCCUUCACUAACAACUCUGCCGCCAACAAAGAGCACUCCCUGAAGGAAAGAAGAAGAAGUAACAAAGAAAACUCUUCCCACCCGAGUGACAGCCUACCUCAUAAGAGGAGCCAGCAGCUCCUCACCGCUUACGGCAGAUCCCUCGGACGCACGCUUCCUCCUAAGGCCCACUUGCCUCUGUCCCAAAGCUCCAGCUGUGGCAGCGUCAUCCCACCGGUCUUCAGCUUCUCCCCCCGGGACCUGAGCACUCGCCGCCUGCCCAAGACAGACAACAACCACAUGAACGAAGACCGGCAGAGAAGAAGUGAUUACUGCAGCAGGUUGAUCUCAGAGCCCGGCAUGUUCUUGGACUCUUUCUCCUACCAGGACACCAGCCAGACCUCAGAUACCGUCAGUGUGGACAGCUCCGACAGCAUGGAGACCAGCUUCUCCGCCUGCUCCCCCGACAACAUCUCCAGUGCCAGUACGUCCAACAUGGCAAAGCUGGAGGAGAUGGAGCGUUUACUCCGGGAAGCCCAGGCUGAAAAGCUUAGGCUCCUUGAGCAUCGGGAGCGUGAGAUGGAGAUGCGCAGGCACGCUCUGGAGGAAGAGCGAAGAAGAAGAGAGGAGCUGGAGAAACGUCUGCAGGAGGAGACGAGCAGGAGGCAGAAGCUGGUCGAGAGAGAGGUGAAGCUCAGGGAGAAACAAAGGUCACAGUCUCGGCGGUUGACCCGCUACCUCCCUGUAAGGAAAGACGACUUUGAUCUUCACGGCCACAUUGAGGCAGCUGGACACAACCCAGAUGCCUGCUUCCAUCUGGCAAUCACUGAUAAAACCUGCCGAGGCUUCUUGGUUAAAAUGGGUGGCAAGAUCAAGACCUGGAAGAAACGCUGGUUUGUUUUCGACCAGAAUCGCAGGACUCUCACAUACUAUUCAGACAAACAUGAGACCAAGAUAAAAGGAGUCAUUUACUUUCAAGCCAUAGAGGAGGUGUACUAUGACCAUUUGAAGAAUGCACACAAAAGCCCCAACCCUUCGCUGACGUUCUGUCUGAAGACCCAUGAUCGGGUGUACUAUAUGGUGGCCCCGUCACCUGAGGCCAUGCGUAUCUGGAUGGAUGUCAUGGUUACGGGUGCUGAAGGACACAUGCAUUUCAUGGUGUAACUGAUCCCAACAAAUGUUCACAGCACUACACUUCCUCGGUAAACGGUGUGUCAGCAUGCAAAAGGGGGUUGUGCAGCGCUGAGAUUGAUGUUCAUCAGGUCAAAAAAACUUCUGUUUACACUUGUAUUAAUUGUAACCUACAGCCUAUGCUUAAUAACACACUUUAUAAUUGAUAUACAGGUUUCAUAAUUAAGCUAUUUAGACAUUUUGUUGUUGUUUGAUGUAGCAUGAGAGGCCAAAGUGUCACUUAAUCUUGCACCAUUUUCCUAAUCAUAUUUUCUGACUUUAUCAUUCCUCAAGCAAACUCUCUGCUUGUCUCAUACCCUCAUAGUUACUCUUUCAUUACCUUUUCAGUCCAAAUUUGAUCAGGGAAGCAGCUAAACACAACAUCUUCUUCACUUCUUAACUGCGGGACAUUCUGAGGCUGUUGUCUAUAACGGAUGUUUGUCUGCGAAGGCCAAAAGGCAUGUUAAAAACAGAGUUUAAAUUGUAGGACCAUAUUUUGUUUCUUUGCUUUCUUCCUUUCUACUUCUAGUUGGACGCCAGGUUCUUAACAACCUUUCCCGCCUGUAUUAGUGUUUGCAAAAAUGCACAUUUUUAUUUCAACUCAGAUUUGUUAAUACUAUAUUGUUCAUAAUAUUCAAUGCAAUCAUAUUUUUUUAACUCAAGCAUGGUAUUGCUGCUGCCAGACUCCAAGCAUAAGAUGGUCUUGUCUGCUUAUUUAAAGCAGGGCUGAAUGUCCACCAUCAAUAUUCCUUGCUUCCCUUUCAUUCCAAUGAGUCCUAAUUUGGGUUUAUGACUCAUAUUUGCAUACUCAUAAAAGAGUGAUAAUUACAGGCACUUUUUUUGUAAUGAAUUAAGUAGUACAAGAUAUGCAUAGAUCACAUUGGCACUGUGUUUGUUGCCUGUCAUGGUGCAGCUAGCUCCCUCUAUAGUAGAGGCUGCAGGCCUGAUAUGGUGAAGCCAUGUUGUUUAGCAGUGAUGCCGUUUGUACUGCGUCACCCAUGUUAUUCUGAAGAAUAUCAUUCUGUAUUUUCACCAGCAGAGGUCCUCAGUGCAGAGUUAUUAAUGCACUUAAAUGAGGUAAUGUCCUGGCUGGCAGGGCCAUACUUAAUACUCAUCCAUAUUCCUGAAUGCUUUUCAAAUACGUGCAUCUAUAAGCACACGCAUAUCAAGCUAGAAGUCAUCAUGUUCAGGAUCUUGAACACACACAUUAAUGUCCUAAUAAUUAUUUCAUAAAUGAUGUUUUGAGUGUUUUAUAAAAAGCCAUAUGUUUGAUCUUUAUAUUCUUUGACAAUUUGCAACAGUCUGACUCCUUUUGAUAGAGCUUUUAAUAACACGUGAACAGCUGUUGGUGUUCAGACGGCAGAGUGCAGAUGAAGCUGAAGAUGAAGCAGAUAUGUUGUUGCCUUUUCUGAUCGCUUCUCAGCGAAGAGUAGUAUCUGUAAUGUCUCCUCUGCUAUCUGUAAUCCAAUGUAUGAUCCUUUGAAACAAGACAGUUUAUUGCAUUUAUAUAUGUUUCUAAUAAAUAUACUAUUUGAUAA